AUUUAUGUAUUGUUAAAUGCAAACAUGCUGCAAGUAAUGCCACCUUCAUCUCAUCAUAACUGGAAAUUCUACUUAGUCAUGAAAAUAGACAAAGUAGAAUUAAAAACAUUGAGCUGGAGGCUGCUCUGACUGCUCUUUUCUCUGGGCAGGGAAGUUACAACCAGCAACAUGGCCUGCAUUUAUGGAGACAUUACCAAGAUCAGCACAACCGGAGCAUCUGAAAAAACAGCUAGGCAGGACAAGCUCACUAUCAAAGGGGUGGAAGCUUCACAUAAACUGGCUGAGAAUGAUCUGAGGAAGAUGGAGCAGUACAAGAACGUUAUCAUCAAAGUUGGCAGAGCUAAGCAGAUGGACCCAGCUGUCAUCGCAGGUAUCAUAUCCAGAGAGUCCAGGGCUGGGUCAAUUCUUGUGAAUGGCUGGGGAGACCAUGGCAAUGGUUUUGGACUCAUGCAGGUUGAUAAGCGCCACCACACUCCAAAGGGAGCCUGGAACAGCGAGGAACACCUCACCCAAGGCACCGAUAUUCUAAUAGCAUGUAUUCAAGCAGUUAAAGUGCAUUUCCACACCUGGCCCAAGGAGCACCAACUUAAAGGAGGAAUCGCAGCCUACAACUUAGGCCCACGAAACGUCCGCACAUAUGAGCGCAUGGACAUCGGCAGCCCAGGAGAUGAUUAUUCCAGUGAUGUGGUGGCCCGGGCUCAGUUCUUUAAACGCAAAGGUUACUGAGCAAUAUUUGAUUACAAUGCAGCACUGCAUAAAACUCAGUUUCCAGCAUGGAUUUAUUUCAUUUCUGGAUCAUAGUUUCUAGAAGUAUAUACUUAAAUAUCAUGAAGUGACAGGGCUCAUUUUCAACUUUUAUCUCACUUCUACCUGCUUGAAUUGUUGAUUUUUGAACAUGUUAAUACCAAUUUGUAUCAGGAGUAUGCUGUUAACAAAACAUGUGUUUGUCUCUGUUCAGUUGGUUUCUGCUGGAAAUUAGAAUAAGAACAAAUAGCAAUAACAAUCAGGUGAUGCUUUCACUGCAUUAUCAAUAUAUUGGGGAGUGGAAUUAGUAGUUAUAUUAAAAAUAUGUUAAACAACUCAAACGAUUUACUUAAAAUUUUAAUAGUAUUCUUGAUUGAGCUUUGACUUCUCAGCUAGCUUCAUGAAGUAGCUUUACCCUAGGGGCUUUUUUGAAUGUUCAUAAAUAGGCUGAGCUCCACAAUAUUCCUCAUCACUAUAAGAAAGCUAUGUGUUUGGGGAAAGCUACUGUUUUUACAUUUUAAUUCAGAAUGAAAUGCAAUAAGUCUUUAUUAAAAUUAAGGCAUGAACAAAAAUAUACAGUGUACCCUGAGUUUUGAUUGGUAGCAAGCAGCUUAUUCUCAUUAUCAAGUACCUUAUUCUUAGAACUGGUAAGGUAAUGUUUCUACCAAACAUCAGAACUGGAGAAAGUGUGAUAUCAUGAUGGUUCAUCCUGCACUAAUGCAACUCUUUGGAUAUUUUGUGUAAGAUAAUACUGUGCAUGAAAUUCUCUAGAGAUCAUCAGUUUCUGAAAUACUCAAACCAGCCCAUCUGGCACCGACAACCAUGCCACGGAGUCACUAUGAUAACAUUUUUAUCUAUAUAUUGAUUCAAGGUGACCUAGUGGUCGGUAUGUUCACCUUGUAACUCCAGUUUUGGGGGCUUGAGUCUUGUCUCCAUCCUGUGUUCAUAGAGUUUGCACUUUCUUCCUAUGCUUUUCACUUGGGGUUUGUUCUAGGUUCCUCCAUCAGUCCAAAGACAGGCAUUGUAGGCUGAUUUGUACCUCUAAAUUGUGUUUGUGAGUGUUGAGCCACACAUUGGGUUGGCAACCAUGUGUAGGAUGAAUGGAUACAUAUCACAACUGUAUUUGAAUAAUUUUUUACAUUGCCCUUCAUCACAUUAUUGACUCAUUGGAUAAUUUCACGAACAUGUAAGAAUUCAGGUGUUCCUAUUAAAGUGGUUUAUAAGGAGGCAGAAGGCACUUGUGAGAUGAAUUUCAGGUGUUUUUCAGCUGGAUGCAAGCAUAGGUGUUUUCUUUAAGUGAAACACAAUCAAAACAACUAACAGGAAACUAGAUGUAUUCUUAUAGAGCAAUAAUCUAAACACAAUCACGCUACCACACAAUACUAUAAAUGACAAAAUCUUGCCAAAGAAAUACAAACAGAAUUGAUACACACGUGGACAAAAUUGUAGGUACCCUUCCAUUAAAGAAAGAAAAACCCACAAUGGUCAUUGAAAUAACUUAAAACUGACAAAAGUAAUAAUAAAUUAAAAAAAAUUACUGAAAAUUGAUUCAUUUAAAUCAGACAUCAGACAGCUUUUGAAUUGUGGUUCAACAGAAGCAGCAGAAGGAAACAAACUAACGAAACUGGCCUGGACAAAGAUGAUGGUACCUUUAUCUUAAUAUUUUGUUGCACGAUCUUUUGUGGCAUUCUGUAACAAAACUCCUGAGGCAUAGGGUAAUAGAUCCAUAUGCAGAUUUAAUAGAGGCAAACCACAUUCAGAAAUCAUAAAUGGCAAACAGGUGGAAACAAAUCAGAAAUCAGCCAAACAAUCAAACUAGCAAACAAAUCUGAAAAGUGAAAACACAAUGAUCAAAAUAAAGCAAGGUCAUACACAACAUCAAGAAUACAAGGCUUGGUACAACUAGGUAGAACAAUACUUUGCGUAGGCACUAGCGUGCAUGCUGCUAAUAUAUCCAUGCUAUCGUUUACUCUAAAUGAGACUUCUGCACCUGUUGACAGGUAUUUUGGCCCACUCCUCAUGAGCAAAUUGCUCCAGAUGUCUCAGGUUUGAAGGGUGCCUUCUCCAGACUGCAUGUUUCAUCUCUUUCCAUAGAUGUUCAAUAGGAUUUAGAUCAUAGCACAUAGAAGGCCACUUCAGUAUAGUCCAAUGUUUUGUUCUUAACCAUUCUUAACCGUGCUUUUUGCUUUGUGUUUUGGUUCAUUAUCCUGUUGGAGGACCCAUGACCUGCGACUGAAGGCUUGGUCACACUACAAGACUUUAACCGUCGGCAGAUCGCUUUGCUGUUCAGACUACAUGACUUCACUGUAUGUCUUUUUGUCCUUGUGGUGUUCACACUACGCGACGCUUCAACAAGAGAGGGUCGCACACCACACGAUCUGACAUCAACUCUUGUCACUCAACGCCGUCCCCAAACCAUGUUUUGUCAGGAAAACACACACGACAGGUGGAUCCGGAAAUGACAAGAGACUUUCAGUAGAGGUUUGUUUUGAAAAUGGACGUCGGCAGGAGUCUCGCUCUAAAUAAAUGUUAAUUUAUUAAAAUAAAUGUUGUGUCCACACUAUUUUUGAAGCCAUGUUGCUGCUGCUGCUUUUCUUCUGGUGACCUCAACCUGUUGACUUGCUCUCUCAUUGGCUGGAGGUCGUGGCUACAGUUGACACCUGGGCAGCACAUUUCGUUUCAGAAUGCCUUGACCUGUCUUGAGAUUUCAUUGUACCCAGCACAGAUUCAAGACAUGCUGUGCCAGAUGCAGCAAAGCAGCCCCAGAACAUAACUGAACUUCUUCCAUCUUUCACAGUAGAAAAUUCUACAAGAAGCUUUGUGGCUUGUUAAUAUGCAUUUUGGCAAAUUCCAGUAUCACUGUUUUAUGAUUUGCUUUCAAAAAUGGAGUCCUCCUUGGUUGUCUUCCAUUAAAUCCACUUUGGCUCAAACAGCGAUGGAUGGUGAUUGACAGCUAAGCUGAGUACAUUUAACUAACAUUUUGUAACGUUAACCAGACUGGACACAGACUUAUAUCAAAACCCAAAAUGGGUAGGUUUAUUAAUUUUCGUAAAAUGGGUAGAGAGGUGGAAGAAGUAGAUACCGGUACUAAGAAUAUCAGCUGGUGUAGCAUAGAGUAGCGUAGCGAAGAGAGUCAUGGAGUCUUCGGCGUGAAUCAUGUAUGAGAUCAGACAGUGACUGAGUGGAAAGAGUGCACUUAAAUAGUGGAGUGGAAGUAAUAAUGCAACUAGGUGCAGGUGUGCUAGUAUAGUAUUCGGAUGAUUGGGUGCAUUGGUUGGUGAGGGAGUCUGGUAUACCCAUGACCGAACCCCCCUCUCCACGGCCAGCUCCUGAGGGCUGAAGACCCCGAUGCCGUGGUGGGCGGCCUCUGCCGCGUGGUGCUGGACACUCGGGGUGAGCUGUGUGGAACUCUGAGAGUAGGUUGGGGUUCAGAAUGUCCUCUCAGGGAACCCAUGAUCUUUCCUCCAGGCUGUAGCCCUCCUAGUCCACAAAUACUGUCCACAGAUACUCCAAAAGACCACCACGGCGCCGGGAGAGCAGGAUUUCUUUGACAGCAUAUAUGGUGCCAUCAUCUAGCACCAUUGGGAGAGGGGGAUUGUCAACCACACCAGACUCUCUGGAAAGAGUAGAGACAGGUGAAAUAUGGUUUGAGUAAGGAUACGUGGAAAGUGGGGUGAAUUCUGUAUUGUGGUGGUAAUUUGAGUACAUAUGUGACUCGGUUGAUCUGUCUUGUGAUAAGGAAGGGACCAAUGAAUCUGGGACUUUUUGCAUGGGAGGCAUAGUCGAAUGCCUCUGGUGGAGAGCCAAACCUUUUGCCCUGGUCAAUAUGUGGGAGUGGUGGCUCUCCCAGCAUCGGCGUGAAACUUCUGCCAUCUUACCGCCCAUUGGAGGUGCUGAUGCGCUGAUUCCCAAACGCUCUCUUGCUCUCCUGGAACCAGUGAGUCACUGAUGGCACCUCUGAGGGUUCUCCAGACCAGGGAAACAGAGGUGGUUGAUAGCUGAGUAUGCACUGGAACGGUGUGAGGUCUGUGGCUGUCUGACGGAGAGAGUUUUGUGCAUACUUGGCCCAUGAGAUGUACCGAUACCAGGAGUUCUGGUGGCUAUGACAGAAGGUACGGAGGUAACGGCCAAUUUCCUGAAUCUUCCUUUCAGAUUGGCCGUUAGACUGAGGGUGGUAACCUGAGGUCGGUAACCUGAGGUCAGACUGACUGUCACACCUAGAAGAGAGAAGAAAGCUUUCCAGACUCUGGAAACAAACUGGGGCCCUCUGUUCAAGACUGUUCAAGGUAAACCAAAGUUUCUGAAGACAUGUUGGAAAAGUGUCUCAGCGGUUUCCAUUGCAGUAGGUAGGCCCUUGAGGGGUACAAGACGGCAGGCUUUGGAGAAUCUGUCUACCGCCACCAGGAUAAGUGUUCCCCUCAGAGGGUGGUAGGUCAGUUAUGAAAUCUACUCCUAGGUGUGACCAGGGGCGCUGAGGAGUGGGUAGUGGAAGCAAUUUUGAUGUCGUGAUGUCUUGGCCAUAGCACACUCCUGGCAGCCCCCCAUGUACCUUCUGAUAUCUUGAGCCAUUCCUGGCCACCAGAAGUGUUCUUGUAGUAGCAAGAGGGUUUGAUUGGUUCCAGGGUGACCAGUGCCCAGGGAAGUGUACGUCAAAUGAGUAAGCCGGUGACACUGGGAUCUAUGGACAUACACUAUAUUGCCAAAAGUAUUCGCUCACCCCUCCAAAUAAUCAGAAUCAGGUGUUCCAAUCACUUCCAUGGCCACAGGUGUAUAAAAUCAAGCACCUAGGCAUGCAGACUGUUUUUACAAACAUUUGUGAAAGAAUGGGUCGCUCUCAGGAGCUCAGUGAAUUCCAGCGUGGAACUGUGAUAGGAUGAAACCUGUGCAACAAAUCCAGUCGUGAAAUUUCCUCGCUCCUAAAUAUUCCACAGUCAACUGUCAGCUGUACUAUAAGAACGUGGAAGUGUUUGGGAAUGACAGCAACUCAGCCACGAAGUGGUAGGCCACAUAAACUGACGGAGCGGGGUCAGUGGAUGCUGAGGCGCAUAGUGCGAAGAGGUCGCCAACUUUCUGCAGAGUCAAUCGCUACAGACCUCCAAACUUCAUGUGGCCUUCAGAUUAGCUCAAGAACAGUGCGCAGAGAGCUUCAUGGAAUGGGUUUCCAUGGCCGAGCAGCUGCAUCCAAGCCAUACAUCACCAAGUGCAAUGCAAAGCGUCGGAUGCAGUGGUGUAAAGCACGCCACCACUGGACUCUAGAGCAGUGGAGACGCGUUCUCUGGAGUGACCAAUCGCGUUUUUCAAUCUGGCAAUCUGAUGGACGAGUCUGGGUUUGGCGGCUGCCAGGAGAACGGUACUUGUCUGACUGCAUUGUGCCAAGUGUAAAGUUUGGUGGAGGGGGGAUUAUGGUGUGGGGUUGUUUUUCAGGAGCUGGGCUUGGCCCCUUAGUUCCAGUGAAAGGAACUCUGAAUGCUUCAGCAUACCAAGACA